AUGUUUGAAACAAACCAUACAAUAUUUUUUUCAUCCCCAUUGGAUUAUUCAUUUUCAAAUUCUUCUCAUUCAUCAUCAUCUCCAAUGUUUAUUUCCAUAUUUCUUGGAAUUAUUCUUUUUACAAUAACUAUUUGGACUAUAUUGGGAAAUAUUUUAGUUAUACUUGCGUUUAUUAUUGAUAAACAAAUUCGACAAGGUGGAAUGUCAAAUUAUUUGAUUAUUAAUUUAGCAAUAAGUGAUCUUUUAUUGGGUGUUGCUGUUUUACCCUUUUCAGCUUCCUAUUCAACAUUUGGUAUUUGGUAUUUUGGAAAAUUUCUUUGUGAAAUAUGGUUAGCAAUUGAUGUUCUUUGUUCAACAGCAUCAAUUUGGGGUCUGUUAAUGAUUGCAUUUGAUCGAUAUAUAGCAACAAACUAUCCAAUUCGUUAUUGUCAUCAUCGUCGUUCAAUUCGUUUAGCAUUAAGUUAUAUAUGUGUUGCAUGGUUUGUGUCAAUAGCAAUAUGUUUAUUACCAACAUUGUUGUUUGAGAAAAAAAAACCAAUUUAUUCUGAAAUUGAAAAUCGAACAAUCUAUGUUUUGCCAACAAAAUAUACAUCAUCAAAUCGUCAAUGUGAAUUAUAUAAAGAUUUGAAUUUUGUUGUCACAAGUUCUUUACUUUCGUUUUAUAUUCCAUUAAUUAUUAUGAUAUUUUUAUAUGCGAAAGUGUUAUAUGCAAUAAGACAACAAUCUAUAAAAAUGAAAAAAAAACCACUACCACCACCGCCACCACCAACAGCAAAAGCAGCAACAAUUGUCCUUACCAAUAAAAACAAUCGAACAACAACAACAUCCGACCGAAUAAAAAAAGCAAGACAUUCAUCAGCAUGUCUUCAUGAAGCAUCGAAAAAUGUAUCAUCGAUUCCAUUUUAUUUGGAUUCAAUAAAAAAAAUACAUGACACUACAUUGGAUCAUAAUCGAUCGUGUUUGAAUGGUUCAUACUCAAAAUUAUUUCUUCAACCCAAUCAAUCUGAAAAUUCUUAUCAAAGUUCAUUAACAACUGAUGAUGCUUCUCACUGUGAUCAACAUCAAUUAAGACGUCGAGAAAUAACAGCUGAAGCUCGUGUUACUCGUUCGUUAGCUGUUGUUAUUGGAUGUUUCAUAUGUUGUUGGUUGCCGUUCUUUACUUUAUAUAUUAUUCGAGCCGUUUGUCUUUGUUUAAGUUUUAACGCUAUUGAAUUUUUCGUCUGGUUGGGAUAUUCAAAUUCAUCGAUUAAUCCUGUACUUUAUGCAAUUUUAAACAAGAACUUUCGUUUAGCAUUUAAAAAUAUUUUUCUUUCGGUAAAAAAAAUUCUUUUUGUAUAA